AUGCGGGUGGAGGAUGGCCCCAGCAGUGCCGUUUGCAUCCCCCUUCAUAAUAUUCGACAUAAAGCCAAGGUAGAAGCAAUGGCCCUGGACCUCGCUCUGCUCCAUAGCGUGCAGCAUUUUGCUCAGGCGUUCAAGGCCAAGAAUGUGUCACUUCACGUGCUUGUGUGCAAUGCAGCCGUGUUCGCUCUCCCCUGGAGCCUCACGAAAGAUGGCCUGGAGACCACCUUCCAGGUGAACCACCUGGGCCACUUCUGCCUCGUCCAGCUCCUCCAGGACGUCUUGUGCCGCUCAGCCCCUGCCCGGGUCGUUGUGGUUUCCUCGGAGUCCCAUAGAUUUACAGACAUUAAUGACUCCUCUGGAAAACUAGACUUCAGCCGCCUUUCUCCAUCGAAAAAUGACUACUGGGCCACGCUGGCUUACAACCGGUCCAAACUCUGUAACAUUCUCUUCUCCAGCGAACUCCACCGCCGCCUGUCCCCGCGUGGGGUCACGUCGAACGCGGUGCACCCCGGGAACAUGAUGUACUCCUCCCUGCAUCGAGGCUGGUGGGUGUACACGCUGCUCUUCACCUUGGCCAGACCCUUCACCAAGUCCAUGGUAAGUGAACUGCCGCCGUCGCCGCAGGCACCUCCAGUGCACUUUAUUCUUGACUUCUCCAAAGCCUUCAAGGUGCUGGUCUCUCUGGAUCCUUACAUCCGGAAGCGUGGCGGCACUGAGCCAUCCUUCCUCUGA